CCGGCGGGCAGCGGGCGCAGACCGCAGCGGCGGAGGACGAGCGAUGGCUGCGGCUCCGCUCCGCGCCCUGCGCCGGUUGGUAGCGCUGGCGUUUGGGCUGGUGCUGCUGCGCGCCGCGGCUGCGGAACAAGCGCCAGGCGCCGCCCCCUGCUCCCGCGGCAGCUCCUGGAGUGCGGACCUGGACAAGUGCAUGGACUGCGCCUCGUGCCCGGCGCGGCCGCACAGCGACUUCUGCCUGGGCUGUGCAGCCGCACCUCCUGCCCACUUCCGGUUGCUUUGGCCCAUCCUGGGGGGCGCCCUCAGCCUGGCCCUGGUGCUGGCACUGCUUUCUGGCUUCCUGGUCUGGAGACGGUGCCGCAGGAGAGAGAAAUUUACCACCCCCAUAGAGGAGACUGGUGGAGAGGGCUGUCCAGGUGUGGCGCUGAUCCAGUGAAUGAGCUACCGGCAUUGUGCCCAGUCGUCAUUCAUUCAUUUUGGAGCCGGCCCUGGGCACUCAGACACAGACUGAGCCAGGCUCUUCCAACCACAGGGGGUGAUGAAUCACCUCCCAGGCCUGAGCCAGGGCUCAGAGGAGCCUUCUGAGGUGUCUUAUUGCCCUGUCUGUCUCCUGGACAGAAAAGGAGCUUCAUGCUGGCUCAUACAAAGAAACUGCAGUACUUGCACAAGUGUCUCCUUCUUCCCCUGAUGCCCCAAGCCUGGCUGACUUGAAGGGCAGACACUACCAGGCCAGGCCCCUAGGCACUCAAUGGACUGAAAUUCCACCACAGGGCCUCAGCCCAGGGGGAUUAGGAGCCCUGAUCUUAACACUAGGGGGCUGGCCCUCCAUGAGGGCAGGUCCUAAUGUAAAUCCUCCCCCACCCCCCAAAGGGGGAGGAGAUAUUUAUUUGGGGGAGAAACUUUGGAGAGGAGAAUUUAUUAAUAAAAGAAUCUUUAACUUUAAAUGGUUA